UCCUUUCACCGCCUUCCCUCCUAUGCCCCUCAUCUAACUUCCCCGUUUGAAGUCAAAUCUUUCUUAUCAACCAACCCUUUCUUCCUCAGAUUUUUCGCUUCCGACAUACUUUUUCGUCGCUGCGUCUUAAAGAUAAUUUCUUCGGUUAAUUAUGAUCUCUUAGAAUUUUUUCUAAUAUUGAAUUUUUCAGCUGAAAGGGCAAGUUUUGGUUCUCGAUUCGAUUUCAAAUUAAGUAGCAGAGAAUAAACAAGUAUAGCUAUAGAUGCUGAUUUAAACAUGAAACAGAAGAAAAGGCAUGGUUAAGCUAGUGAAGCACAGGAAAACUUACAAGUUGCAGAAGUAGCUGGUCUGAUAAUGAGGUUGAUGAUCCAAUGGAGCAACCUCGAUUUAAGAUGAGAAGAUGAUGGCAGAACAGCAGAACUGGAUCAUCAAAGGUCUUGAGUGUUUCUUUUGUUGCCUGUUCAUUCUCAUCAGUUCGACUCUUGCUAAAGACGGAAUCGUAAGCAUCAAAUGCUGUGCCGCACCAAAUUCUAGAGAUAAAAGUUUCAUAAACUGCAUAUCAGAUUAUGGAUUGUACCCAGAUAAUGCAACUUGUGAGAAAAUAACAAGAGCAGAAGCCAACUUUACAGGUUAUGAUAAAGUUGGGGUUUUCUAUAGUAAUUCAGGAAAGAGAUGUUACGGCUUACCAACCAUUAAGAACCAAGAUUAUCUGAUACGAGCUAAUUUCCUUUAUGGAGAUCUGGUGGGCUCUGCCCUCGAUGUUUUGAUUGAUAUCUCAAAAGUUAGCACAACCAAAUCGUCCGAGGAUUCACAGGUCGAGGGCAUUUUCAAAGCUAAUGGCAAGUAUACAGACUUUUGCUCACAACACAGCAAGGCAGAUCCACAUAUUUCAGAGCUUGAACUCAGACCUCUGGCCGAUUCCAAGUAUUUACAGGAAAAUGCGUCAAAUGUUUUAAAGUUGAUCGGCAGAAAUGACGUAGGAAAUGUAGGAGUUGCUAUCAGGUACCCAGUUGACAAACUCGAUAGAAUUUGGAAAAGUCCUGAUCCCAGACUAGUUUCCGUAUCACCGGAUGCAGUGCCAGUCCAAGCCAACACUACUAUUGACAAUGCUAGCACAACAGUGCCUGUUGAAGUUCUCCAAAGUGCUCUAACACAUACAGACAGAUUAGAGUUUCUACACAAAAAUAUUGAUGCAGAAGAGCACAAUUAUACAUUGUUCCUCUACUUUUUAGAGCUCGAUUCUAAUGCAACUGGACAAAGGGUGUUUAGCAUCUUUAUCAACAAUGAAAUGAAGCAUGAGAAUUUUCACAUAUCAGUUGAUGGGUCAAAUUAUAAUGAAGUUGUGCUGACUGUCACAGCAACCGCGUCUCUAAAUUUGACUCUAGUAAAGGUCACAAAUGAGUCUCACUUUGGACCCCUAUUAAACGCAUAUGAGAUCCUACAGGUGAAGCCAUGGGUUCAAGGAACCAACCAGCAAGAUCAGGAUGGCAUAAAGCAGAUAAGAGCUGAGCUGCUUCAUCAUAACAAAGAAAACGAUGUGCUGCAGAGAUGGUCAGGAGACCCGUGUCUUCCUCUUUCUUGGGAAGGUCUGACAUGCGAAUUAAUGAAUGGGUCCCAAGUAAUCACCAGGCUGGACAUUUCCUCGAGUAGUCUUCACGGACCAUUUCCUGCUAUAACUGGGCUGAACUACCUAACAGAGCUAAAUGGCAGCAACAACCAUUUCACUGGCCGCAUACCAUCAUUCCAAUCAUCAUCCACCACGUUAACAUCAGUGGAUCUGAGACACAAUGAUCUAAUUGGAUCUCUUCCAAUUUCAUUAACCUCACUGCCACAUUUGACAACAUUAUACUUUGGGUGCAAUCCUGGUUUAAGCAACAAGGUUCCUUCCGGUUUUAACAGCUCGGGAAUUGCUACAACAGAUUUUAAAAAUUUCAGCUACGGGGCAUGUCUUACACAAAGACAAAAAAACGAAAUACAGGGAAUUGUCAUAGGCACCAUAGUAGUUGGAUCCUUCCUCAUAGCACUUGGACUUGCUUUUGCUUUCAUCUACAGAAGAAAAUUUCUCACUCUAGGAAGGUUUGAUUGGAAACAACACCAGAUGACAAAGAAUGCCAUUUACUCUCUUCCCAGUUCAAACGAUGUUGCUUUCAAGUCUAUAAAUAUUCAAGUGUUUACUCUAGAAUCUAUAGAAAAUGCCACGCACAAGUCUAGAACCUUGAUAGGUGAAGGAGGUUUUGGACCAGUAUAUCGUGGCACACUUCUUGAUGGUCAAGAAGUAGCAGUUAAGGUUCGGUCAUCCACUUCCACUCAAGGAACUCGGGAAUUUGAGAAUGAGCUAAAUCUUCUUUCCACUAUCCGUCACGAGAAUCUGGUGCCCCUUCUUGGUUAUUGUUGUGAAAAAGACCAACAAAUCCUUGUUUAUCCAUUUAUGUCUAACGGCUCUCUGCAAGAUCGCCUAUAUGGGGAAGCAUCAAAAAGGAAAACUCUAGAUUGGCCAACCAGACUUUCCAUUGCCCUUGGUGCGGCUCGAGGUUUGACACAUCUUCAUACAUUUGCUGGACGUUGCAUUAUACAUAGGGAUGUAAAGUCAAGUAACAUACUUCUAGAUCAAAGCAUGAAUGCCAAAGUGGCGGAUUUCGGUUUCUCAAAGUAUGCUCCUCAGGAGGGGGAUAGUGGUGCGUCUCUGGAAGUAAGAGGCACUGCUGGAUAUAUGGAUCCAGAGUAUUACUCAACGCAUCAUCUAUCAGCAAAAAGCGACGUCUUUAGCUUUGGGGUGGUUCUACUUGAAAUAGUCAGUGGCCGGGAACCUCUUAACAUCAAGAGACCAAGAAACGAGUGGAGCUUGGUUGAAUGGGCAAAACUUUACAUAAGGGAAUCAAAGAUUGAUGAAAUUGUGGAUCCUAGCAUAAAAGGAGGGUAUCAUGCAGAGGCAAUGUGGAGAGUGGUUGAGGCUGCCUUGGCGUGCAUUGAGCCUUUCUCUGCAUAUCGACCGUCCAUGGUUGACAUUGUCAGAGAGUUGGAGGAUGCUUUGAUAAUAGAAAACAAUGCAUCUGAAUACAUGAAGUCCAUUGACAGCAUAGGUGGGUACAGCUUGGGAGGGUCCAAUCGCUUCUCCAUAAUCACAGACAAAAAGAAUGUUUUACUACCGCCCACACCAACCCCAACGGAACCAUCACCAAUUAAUACACAAGCGCUGGCUCCUCUAGAGCCAAGGUAGAAGAUGAGUUCAUAAGGUGUUACCCAUCUAUCAGUAUAGUUGAAUCACAUGCCAGAUUUAAACGAGCAAAAGUCCUGAAUACUCUAUUUCGUACACUUGGCAUUUUUUUCCUGACUAUUCAAGUUAGGGAAUCUGCUUUUUGUGACAAGACAUGAACAUAUGUACAUGCUUUGGUUAAACUUCCAUUACAACAAUAGAGACUAGAGAAAAAUGCUGAGGCAGUGGAAUAAGUUUCAGGCCGGACAGUGAAAAAUAUUAUUUGUAGCUUAAGCAUCUUAGUUGAUAAUUAGGAUGACCUGCUAAUUCGAGUUA